AAUCCCAAAUAUUAGACCGAGGAUGCUAGAUCUCGUGCAUACAGACUAUCUACCAUGUGCAAGCGCGUAAGUUGUUCACUAAUUCAUUUUUUAAGCUUUAUGUUCAUCAGUCUUCGUGUUAUUCGCUCAUAAUUUACAUUUUGUAGAUGGAAUGGUCCGGCGUUAUAUGUAAAAGCACCCGGACAUUGUAUUGAAAAUUUCCGAGAUCAGUUCUCCAUGAUGCAUGCCAACCAGUUUAUUUGGAUGCCUUAUCUCCAACGGCAGUUGCCGGAAAGUUGUGAUGUCGGUCGUCCUGUAUGGAUAUCGAUAACAACGCUUAUUUGCUGGAAUCUGGCUGAGCCACACCUGCCACACCGAGUGUUGCGCCAAUUUGGGAUUGUCCAACCGUAUAUCCCGCAACUCCCCCGGUUCCACGGUACUGAUUUUGCGAAACAGGAUCGCCGUGGAAAAGCUGGUCGAAAUUGGGUUGAUUGGCACGCCAAUUAUAUACAGGAGUGGGAAAACAGGCACUUUUUGGUGUGGACUGAUCUGGAGUACAGUGAUGAGCCCGUUGCAACCGAAGAAUAUAUGGAUUGGUUUCGGCAGAUAACUGUUGUGUAUUUAACCAAACCCGGCGUGCAUGCUGAACAGGGCUUCCACGAAACGGCAUCUUCUCAUAGAUUCGCGGUGGAGACACUUCACAACGUGCGCCACUUUCUAAGUGGCCAAGAUACGACAGAACAUCCGGCUUUGGGAACCAUUUCGAGGAUGAUUGAAGAAGGACUGCGGAUAUCCGGAGAGGCUGAGCGGAUGGACUACCGUCCUUCGCAGCGCUCUGCAAUGGACGUGGACGUACCCGUAAGGCAAAAGGCAAAACGACGAACCAAAAAGAAAACCGCCUGCGGAGAGUCGUCAUCUCAGCCUGUACACCGCUCCGAUGACGAUUUUGUGGAACCACCUCCACCUACAUCUGCAGUUCGAGGCCGUCAUUCUGUCAGCCACACCGGUGGUACCGGCGACGACAUUGGCCUCAGUGAUGUCCCCACUUCUCCACCGCGGUCGUCUGUGCAAGAUGACAUUUUUGGGGUGGAUCUAGAGAACGCUGUUGUUCAAGAUACUCCUCCCUCAAGGAUCCCUAGAUCUACAUCCAAAAUUGGGAAGGGGAUACGGGGUUUGUUUAUGCGGAAACGGCGAGAUGAUUAAACUAAUUUGAUACUUGGUAUGGAUAUUGGUUGUUUUUCAUUGAUUUGAACUCGUUAUAUUAGAUGAUUUGAUAAAUCCUCUUUUUACACGUAUUCAUAUUGAUAUUUUGAACUCUUUAUAUUACUUAUUGGUCGACGAUAGGAACAAACACGCCAUUCCCAGUUGGCCUUUUAGCCGUACUAAGAUUUUGUAUAAAACACCAAUAUUAUUGGCGUUUUUACCUUGCUAAAAAUUUUGCCAAAUUUCCCAGCGUUGUGCACAUUCAGCAUAAACACGCCACUGACAGUGGCGUGUUUUAAAAGACGCCAAUAAUAUUGGCGUUUUUAGUGGAAAACGCCAACGAAGAUGGCGUUUUUACCAUGGGAAAAAUUUUGCCAAAUUUUCCUUCGUUGAAGCGGACAUUCUGCAUAAACACGCCACUGUAGUUGGCGUGUUUAAAAAGACGCCAAUAUUAUUGGCGUUUUUAGUGGAAAACGCCACUGCCGAUGGCGUUUUUACCUUGCUCAAAAUUUUGCAAUUUUUCCUACGUAUGAGCGGACAUUCUGAAAUAACACGCCACUGUAGUUGGCGUUUUUAGUGGAAAACGCCAACAGAGAUGGCGUUUUUACCUUGGGAAAAAUUUGGUUUCGGAAAAUUUUGACGAGUAACACGUUACAAUGCUCAAUUCAAUAAAUAGCCACAAUUAUAAAGAAUAAACAGAACAAUGUUCAAUUCAACUAAAUAGUUGUUACACAUUCAAUUGUCUCGCCUUCUCCGGGUAAAGAAGCUACGGAUACCCUUCCCGAUUCUGGCGGUGGAGAGUCUAGACGGAGGAGUAUCUUGCACAACGACAUUCUCUAAAUCAACCCCGAAAUAAUCGUCUCGCACAGAAGACCUAGGUGGAGAAUGUGGGAUAUCACUGAGCCCAAUGUCGUCGCCUGUACCACCAGUGUGGCUGACAGAAUGCCGACCUCGAACUGCAGAUCUUGGUGGAGGUGGA